UUAUGAGAAAAUAGGCAAGAUUACCAAGUGUGAAUAUGAGUAAUUUUUAAAGUAUCCUUGGAGCUUGGGCAUUUACAUUCUUACGUGUGCUUGCCAAAGUAUUGUAUUGGUUAUUGAACAAUAUAGUGGUGGUAACUUCGUAAGGGGAAGAACUUGGAGAGGCCAAAAAUGGAGGGAAAGAGGACGAGGUUCCAGUCGGAGUCACAGCCACAGAGCGUAAUUCUACUCACGAAAAUCAAAGAAUUCACUCGAGCUUUGCUCGCAGCCCUCACCAACGGACGUUCACCGCUCAUUCUCAUCGAUCGCUUCAGAAGCUACUGCACCCUUCCCAACUCCAACUGCUUUUGUGCCUCCGAUUUGCCGUGCGGAAAGGAACUUCUCACGCUUCGCAGGAAAUCCCACGCCCACAGACUAGCUGUCAUGUUGAGAGUGAUGCUGAUAGUUCAGAAACUUUUGCAAGAGAACAAGCAUAGUUCCAAGAGAGACAUUUAUUACACCUAUCCUUCUGUAUUUUUGGAUCAGUCGGUGGUUGACCAAGCAAUUAAUGAUAUAUGUAUUCUUAUGCAAUGCAGUCGCCAUAACCUUAAUGUGGUUUCUGCAGGGAACGGGUUAAUUAUGGGCUGGAUAAGAUUUUCUGAAGGAGAAAGGAUAUUUGAUUGCAUAAGUUCUCCCAACACUGCCCACCCUGUUCCUGUUCAUGUUGAAGAAGUUCAAGAUAUCAUUAGUCUUGCUCAAUACAUAUUAGUUGUGGAGAAAGAAUCAGUUUUCCAAAGGCUAGCAAACGACCAAUUCUGCAAUGCAAAUCACUGUAUUGUCAUCACUGUAAGCAAUCUUCUGAAGACAUUAGUUUCUUUUGCAACAAUAUUUCUUUGUUUGAAUUCUAUCUUUAUUCAGGGAAGAGGUUACCCGGAUAUUCCUACAAGAAGGUUUUUGCGUCUUCUGGUUGAGAAUUUGUGCCUACCUGCUUAUUGCUUGGUAGAUUGUGAUCCCUAUGGCUUUGACAUCUUAACCACUUACAGAUUUGGUUCAAUGCAAAUGGCCUAUGACACGAAACAUCUUCGUGUCCCAGAGAUACAAUGGCUUGGAGCUUUUCCUUCUGAUUCUGAGAGAUAUUUUGUUCCGAAUCAGUGUCUCCUUCCAUUGACUGCUGAAGACAAAAGAAAAGUUGAAGCCAUGCUACUUAGAUGCUACCUUGAAAGGGAGGUACCACAAUGGAGGUUGGAGCUACAGUUGAUUCUGCAAAGAGGAGUAAAGUUUGAGAUUGAAGCCUUAUCUGUGCACGCACUUUCAUUCUUGUCAGAGUCUUACAUACCAUCUAAAAUUGAAGGUAAAUUGAUAAUGUAGCAUGCUGGACAUUUAUGUGUCAAGCUCUAUACAAGCAACUGGACUAGGGCAUAAUCAGAACAUGCCAUUUGUUACGCUUUCUGGAAGAUUAAACAUUUAAACGAUUUCCUGCUGACUCACGUCCCACACAAAGUUAUUACUCGUGUCUUUGAUUUGUAUUUUCGAAAUUCCGCUCGUUUUGCAAAUGGUAAAUUACUAGUCAGUGGGGGAAUGGGCUCUAUUGGCAUGGCGGGGUCGAAAUGGGUGUUUAGUUUAGGGCUACUGCUGCCUGCAUUUUUUCAGUUGCUGCCUGCAUUCUCUAUCAAGUGAAACAUGUGAGCAGAUGAAAUUAUUCUCACAUUUUGUUAAAUUUGCACUCCAUGUGUUUUUUUAUU